CUUUCUUGUACAACCCCCGCGAUGUGAUACCGCCUUUUCGUGGAGGAUCUCGAGCUCUCUCUCUCUUGUUACACCAACCCCCCGUGGCCGACAUCUGCCAGUGCCAGUACCUGCCGCUGUGUCCCCUACUUAUACUCUAUUCAUGGCUACACGGACACAUCAAACUCAAUUGGACUGCGUUUACCAUGGCGCAGCGGGUGGUGUUUCUGCCUGUCGUGCCCAAUCCAUCAAAUAAAUCCCGUGUGGGAGACAUCAACUGACUGGUGGGCUUCCACUGUAUUUCCACUCCAUUCGAGCUGUCAAUGGUCAUCCUUAUCCUGUCACGUUCCAGCGGACCCUUCCACCCGCCUUGGAGCCUGCGCUACUCCAGACGCCAUCGUUUUCGACCAGGUCCAGGGUCCACCGCAAGACUCACCUGCCUGGGGGCCACUCCCCGUCGGUCUAGCAAGCCCAUCGGUGCCUGAACUCCAAACCGAAUGGUCCUACCUCCAAUUGUUAUUGAGCGAGAAAUAGCAGGACCUGAAGAUGAGCAAGCCGAACAUGACGCCUUCUACGCCACUCUCGUCGGCGUGGAUGUACCCCGUGCCGCUUUGAGAUAUGAUAUUCGGUAAUCAGAUCAUUGAUUAUCGGGCCUUUUCUAUCUCUUGAGGCGACCUGUAGCCCGAUAGACGGUGUUGCUACGAUCCAGCCCCAGCUCAUUGAGCGGUCUUCGGCUCCCCCACCCAACGGAGAAAUUUCACGAUGUGGUUGCGGCCUUGCCCUUUGGUCAUGACCUCUGUGUGCAAUGCGCCAGGCACGACCUUUCGCUCCACAGUAAUACCUUGUUUAUGACAAACCUCCUCGAGAAUGGCUGCCUGUCCUGCAGGCACAAUCUCAUCAUCCCCAGCCUCCAGGAUCAAGAUGCUCAGAUCUGGCUUGGCCUUUGCAAUUUCAUGAAGCGCAGUCUGGCUGUCCCACCUGGACAGGAGGAAUGGAGACAAGUAUCGAUAAGGGAGGAAUUUUUGAGGAUACAACGCUAUCAGCAUUGCCUUGAGGUCGACAAAUGGAGUCUCCAGCACCACUCCCGCGAUGCGACUGAGACUUCCAUCACUCUUUCUCGACAAGUUAGCCAAGCCAAUUGUUGCGGCACCUGCUCCGAUAGACUGGCCCCAGACAACAACCUUCGUUUUGUCAGGCUCAUAUCUAUGGAAGAUCCAAUCGAGGGCAGCUUCCACGUCGAGCUCAAUGCCAGUUUGGGAUGGACUCCCUUUCGACUUCCAGUAUCCACGAUAGGACAAAGCAACAAUAGUAUACUGCCUGUCACUAGACUCCGAGUCGUGAGCAGACUUCAAUACCCUCGAAAGAUAUGGAAGCCGUGGAGGCAACGAAGAAGCAUUCCUAGACUGCAUUUAGUGAAGGCCUGACAGUCAUCAAGCUCGACGUACCCUUGGAGAUAUAGCACAACAACGUGUUCCUUUACUGGUACAUUGGCCUUGGAGUCGAUGGUACCUUCCAGGAGCGUGAGUGCAGUGCCGUCAACGGCUCGAAGAUCGUGUUCCGUCCAGGUUACUGGCUGACACUGUCUAGCAUAUUCGCUGACGGUCUCAGACCUUGAAAAUGGUGGAACAGACGGCAUGUAAAUGAUCUUGUUCUGGAACAACACCAUCAUCAUGCACUUAUACGUCCACAGCGUCACAAGGAGACCCGCAAAUACAGUAGGCGGCAACAAUACUGCUGGGAUAGAUUCCAAGCCAAAGUCACGUUUUUGAGCCACCCCGAGAGGUGUCAGCCUUUGCACAGCAUUCCGCCAUUUUGUGAGUGGCUGUAUGGCGGUGCCGACCGGGGAGCGAACAGGGCUACACAAUAGCUGUCUGCGGAAACAUUUCAUUGACGCUGGAAUUGGAAGACAAGUGAAGGUAUGAAUGCUGAAGAACUUGGAAGUCCAAAGGAGUGAACAAGUGAACGAGAUGGUCGCCACUUGAAGCCAGAAACGGAAAUUCAUUCUUCCGCCCCGCCAAUGAGACCCUUAGUAAGCACAGCCUUGUCCCAUUCACUCCUUUUCCAUGAAUUCACCACUGCACAUGCAUACACACAUACAACAGACUUGGACGAUCGGCUGGACCAUACUGCCCGUAUCUUCACCGCCAGGGACAACAUCAGCAGAAAAUGAUACCUUACUUCGCGCUUAGUUUACCGUCAAUGAACAGCAGAUUCGAUCACCGUCAGUUAACCGUCAUUGAACAGCAGAUUCGAUCUCCCGUCAGUUAACCGUCAUUGCAUUCUUUCUUACCUCGUACUUGUCGUUCAACUGCUGUUGCGACAGUCUUAAAUCGGUCUCCUUGCAAGCAUGAACGUCCGACCCGGUGACUACUUCUCUCUUCCAACCUUCUCCCCCUCUCCCUCUUUUUCUACUCGACCUCUCCCUCUUCUUCAUACUGUACUGUCUUGAAGACACUGCUUGUCUACUCCCCUUAAUGCUUUUUGCAUCUACCCUGUCUAUCGAGGCCUCUCAGCUUUUCCUCUGUCGCACACGCUCAGCAGAAGAGAAAGCAAGACAGUCCGUCCACCCACUUCAGGCUUGUCGCUAUCCUCUCUUACCUUCCAUCCUUCAUUCACCUUGUAUUCUCUCCCAGUAUCGAACUUGUUAUCGAUCCCACGAUAACCACCAGUUUCAUUCCUUCUCAUACAGAGACAUACUCUCUAUUGACCUCACAACCACCAACCGCGAACCGUGCUACUCUUCUUCUUACUCCACAUCCUUGUUGGUCUCCCACAGCAACAAUGCCUCCUUACUCGACAUCGUUCACAUCUCGUGGUGAGGACGACGGAGAAUGGGGAACCAACCCUGACUUCGGCAGGAUCCCAUCUGGACCCAGAGACCAGCAGUUCCAUAACAAUGUGGUUCGAUCUCGACCGGACACCAGAUCGGGCCAAGGAGAAGAAGAGGCGACCCGUGGACAAAAUCCUUUCACCUACGACUUGUGGAGAAAAGAGAGGUACGAGCGUGAGAUGUGUAACUCGCUGCUCGCAUCCAGAAUUCGCCCCGGUCCGAAAGACACUCAAGAGACUCGGAUCGAAUCCCAGGAUACUGAAGACCAGCAGUCAUUGGCCGACAUCCCUUCUUUUGUCCCAGAGCAAGACGAUCCCAACAAUCGACUCCCGCAUCUCGAGAGAGUCUCGGCACCGUCUGGCGGCUCCAAGGAUGGCGAAUCCUCUCAAAAGAAAAACCACGAGGAAACCCACGAGGAAACCCUUGAAAAAAGCCACAAGAAAAACCACGAGAAAAAUCAUGAGAAAAACCAUGAGCAGCAAACCUCAAAUCCGCCAGAAGCUGUUGUCUCCAAUCCCCCUCCUUCAACCAGAGCAGCCAUUGCAACAGGCUGUAGAUGCCCUAUCGACCUCGAGUGCGAAGCGAGGGAUGACCAUCUCCUGGACUGCCGGACCCUUGUCAUGGAGUGGAAGCAAUGGAAGGAGAAGCACGCGAGGGAAAAUAUUUCAGUACCACCGAUUGAUGUUCCUCCAGAACAAGAACCCUUCGCCACUGCUGCCGAGGUCUCUAGCAUCAUCGAGCUGCUUGAUGAUGUUCAACAGCAACAGCGCAUGUCUGUGCCUUUGCGGGAUACCUUUGGCAAAAUUGAGGAAUGGAUCCGCAGGAUGAAAAGCAACUCUGUGACCGAGGCAAUUCUUGCUGCGUGCCCAGUGGUUGAACACCUCAGCAAAUUCCUCUCCUUUGGAAACCGCCUCGUUCUUCGACAGAAGGAGAUGCCGCAGCAUAUGAUUGAGGAUCUGACCAUCAUUCAACGUAAAUGGUCAUCCGGUGACUUGUCAGUUCUGGCGCGUCGAGGACUACGACUGGGCCGUGGCGGACAAUACUCGGUCGAUCCAGCAUGGAGACUGGCCCGAACUGACAACUAUCUCGGCCAUGGCUAUCUUGUCAACGGCCAAACUUGGCACUAUCGUGCCGAAAUGAAUCGAGAUGGCGCACAUGGCCCCAACGUUGGAGGUAUCGCAGGAACAGCGAAAGAAGGCGCGCGGAGCAUUGUCAUGGGCUCACACGAUGCAGCCAAAAAUGAAUACGCCGAUGUCGAUAAUGGAAACGAAAUCUGGUAUAUGGGAACUGCGUUGCCGAGACAAGAAGGGGACAAUGAAGCAACCAACCUUAAAGAUGAACCGGACAAUCGCCGCCGCCAGCGGGUCACCAGAAAUUCCAAGGGCCAAGGUCCGACGGUGCCUACCCAAGCCCUCAUCACGUCCUACAGAACACGCAACCCAGUUCGAGUGUUUCGCUCAUUCCGACUUGCAGAGACCGUGCCGAUGCGUCCGCCUCGGGGGUUUCGAUAUGACGGGCUCUAUGAAGUCGUAGACUUCGAGCUGUGCAAGAUCGAGAGGCAAAUCUACCGGUUCAAACUGGUUAGAUUGCAGACUGGACAGGGCCCCCUGCGAGAGAGCUUGCCGCCGCCGGCACCUGAAAGACGCGAGCGGAAGAGAAAAAGAGAAGCAUAGUCACGAACGAGAUGACUCUUCUGGCUGUCACCACCACCAUUCCUGCUGUCACUGUCACUGUUGCUGUUGCUGGAACAGGUUGAGAAAACGCUAACAGCGGGCUUGGGAGUGAGUUCGAGAACAGCACUGAUUUUGAUGUCACCACCAAAAAUCCGGGGUAUGAGCUUCAACAACGACACCACAUGCAACAACCAACCCAACAGGCUGGAGGGACGGAGAGCUUGUUUUGACCAUAACGGAAUUUCCCACGAGAGAGGAGGCCUGAAGUGGGCUGCAAGAACGAGCCGACGCCGUACGGUCGCUUCCGGGGCGCUUCCGGGGGCGUAUGCGCAACAUCUGGCUGAUCAUGGCGACAAAUGGCUAUCGGUGGAGCCAAUCCGGAGGCCAUUGAUCCAAUGGACAUGAACUAUCGCGAACCAAAAGUUAGAGAAUGAGAAUCCAUCAUUGACAA